UCGAUGAGGCAGAGGGGUUUCAGGAGGGUAGAGCCUGGGUUUGGUGCCUCAGGGGUCAUUUUAUGUGAGUUGGAGGAGAGUUGUUCUGGCCUCAUGCAGAGCAGAACCUGUAGCUGUGCUGGGAAGUGCUCAGAGUGAGGACUGAUCAACAUUUACAUCCAGCCCUUUUUAGGGGAAAUGUGAAGAAAGGAGUUAAGAUCCACACAGAGGCGUGUGCUGCUGCAGUAAUUACCCUCUAAUCAAGGUGCUUGGUCUCUGCAGAGGACUGAUACCUUUGAGGGCCAUCACUGUGCCCAAGAGCUGUUAUUUCACACUGGGAUCGCUCCUUGGGCACAGGAGCAGCCUCUGCCUGCUCUGGAGAGGCUCAGGGGUCCAUCAGGGGACAGUUUGGGACUGACACAAGGUGCAGUCUGAGCCAGCCAGGGUAACACCACAGCACUGACUCAUACUUAAAGCUGAGACCCACCAGAGAAUCCGUAGGCAAAUGUGUGGUGCCUUUUUAGCAGUGGCUGCUCCUGAUCAAAUCGAUUUUGGGUACAAAAGAUGAACUUUAAAUGUCUCCAGCGUAUUUUGAGUGUCAGUUGUGCUAUGAAGAGCUCUUUUGUUGUCAGCUUAUAUUUGAACACGUACAAACCCUGCUAGAAAGCUGUUAAUAAACUAUUUGAUCUCUAAGAAAUGCCAAUUUUGUAACAGCUCUUUUGGCAGUGAAAAAAACAUUUCACCUUUUGCAAUGUCCUUUACAUGGAAAACACCAAGAAACCAUGUGAGGAAUUAAAAGUUGAAUCUGCCUCUUUUUAUCUUUGGUUCAGAUUAUACCGAUUUCAAGAUUGGCUUCAGCACCCAGAUCUUGUCUGGGAAUGGCUCUGGAAAAAAAAAAUUAUUUUUGCAUGUCAGGUUAGCAUUGGAAGAGAUAAAGUCUACUUACAUGUACACUGGAUAAUUAUCUUAUUGAAUAACGUUUCCUCUGAAAUCUCAACAGCCAGAUUUCAUCCCAGAGUUGCAGAAAUUGUAACCAGUUGGCUCCUUAAAUCAUUUUUAUGAUGAAGAGUCAUGUUCUUGCACAGAGAGCUGGGUGUAGGUGGCUGGUUGUGGCAGCUCCGGAGUGCCCUAAUUUAAAUAUAACGAAAUUUCCCUUUACUGAACAAUUUACAUAAAAGAGAGGCUUUGAAGAGCCUUGGUGAGAGCAGCAUGAAACAUUUUGUUUAUGGUUGUAACUCGUGUGCCCCAUGUACACAUUUGUGUGUGUGUGUGCAGACUUCCCUAGUGCUGGAGCAGGAUCCUUCUUUCAUGGACUGUGACAGGGCUUAAAGCCAAUACAUAAAUUCCCAGCAGGGAAUUCAUGAGCCCUCCUUAUUCCAUUCAAGCACCAAAACAUUUGAGGAUUUCCUUUUUUUAAGAGUGCAGUGAAAUUUUGUGCCUGCUGCGUGCAAAAUGCCAAUGCUGAAGCGUAAGAACUGGUUUUAUUCUUCCAGCACUGGACAGGAGCUCCAGGUUUGGCCAUUAGCAAUAGUGACCUCGGGUUAUUUGCUGCUUUGGAAACUUGUUAUCAUCUUUUCCAUAAAAUCUGAGAGUGGGUUUGCAGUUUGCUGUGCCUGCUUUGAGAUUUUCCCGGUUGCGCAGGGUUGUUCCCUUGAAGGCUUUUUGCUAAAAGGAAGCCUGAACUUUUUCUGGGGGCACCAACACCAUCUGAACCUCGAGGGAAGGGCUCUGUGUGCUGUGUGUGGUUCCACACUGUCCAAGCCUGUUCCUGUCCCCAUGGGAGCCAAAGUGACCCCGAGUGGGUUUGUGCAGGCGGCGCCUCGUGGGGAGCAGCAGAUGCUGGGCAGCGGAUGUUGGGGUUAGUGAUUCACAGGGGACAGGAAACCAGCAACUGCUCACCAGCCCUGGAGGAACCGGUCCAGCCCCGGCAGCUGCAGCCCAGAGGUGCUGGAGGAGCUGGGACACGUUAGGGAGAGCGGCUGAGGCUGUGGGCUGGAUGUGGCUGGGCCAUGGUGCAGCUGGAGCUGUGGGCGGCCGCGGCGCUGAUGCUGCUCGGGGCGGCCGUCGGCCUCUGCAUCAGGUGCCGGCUCUCAGCUACCGAACAGGAGACACAGCUGAAUGAGCGGAGGAGCCAGCUCGAAAGCCAGCGGAGAUUUGAGGUGAUUCGAUCCCAUACCACUGCAACCCGAAGGCUGGAAAAAACUAAGGAACCCGAAAACUUAUCAAUAGCAAGGAAAGUCACUGAAGAGCUCCGUGCUUCCCAUCACACUGGAUAUGGGAGCAGGGAUGACUCCAGGUACCAGAAUUUCCUGUCAGAGAACUGUCUGCAAGAAGAUGCUGCCUAUGUGGAGCCCAUAUCUCUGGGUUACUACUACAAUUGCCCCAGGUUCUUCGAUCCACUCCGUGGCAGGUCUCCAGGCAAGCAAGCAGAGAAAGAUGAGGAUGAGGAUUCCUAUUCCUAUGAAAAUGUCACCAUUGGAGCAUCCCAGGGCUCUGAUCCAGAUGAUGCUGCAGACUACGAGAACAGCGUGGCAAUACACACGUGGAAACUCCAGCAAGGGCAGGCCCUGCUGACAGAAAGCCUGGAUGAUGAGCCAGACUACAUCAAUGCAGGUCCUGGGUCAGGCCAUGCCCUGCUGUCACAGCAAAGCAUUCUGCACAAAGUCUGAAGAACUCUUUUGCUGAGCUGUAAGAGAGCACCCAGCGAACAUGCACACAGGAAGAGGGGAGAAAUCCAUCCCUCAGUGAAACCUUUUCUCCAAACUGUGCCUGCAAUGAUGUAGAAGGAGUGGUACUGAAAGGAAGAAAUGCACUUUUUGAAGCCCCACAGAAGUCCAACUGCAAACCAGCAACUGGAGAAAAAGCACUCUGCCCCCAGCAACCACAGGCAAGCCCCAGGAUCCUCAUCCCCAUCUCAUUUCCCUGCAUGUCCACUCAAAGGUGGCAAUGUUUUCUCCUGUCAGGCAUGAAAUGAAUCCUUAACUUGCUGGGCAGUAAUGCAGCCAGCUACUUAAUCUGUCAGGGUGACUCAUGCACGAUGGUAUUGAGCCACAGGAAUUACCUUCUGAUUUAGUUCCCGUGCUCUCCUAUAGAAGCAGUUUCCUCCAUGAGAGGAACUGGCAAGGCAGAGGUUGUGUUUGUAACAGCAGUGGUUGUCUGGAGCUGAAUGAGAUUCCAACCUGUUCACAAAAGCUAAAGAGGAUUAAAUGUCUGCCUUAUCCAUGGUUUGUAAUUCA